AUGAAGGCUGCUCUCUCGCUUCUUGCUCUGGCCGCCUCGGCCUUGGCUGACAAGGUUGCGCGAUGGAAGGAUGAGACUACUGUCGUCACUUAUGUUACUACGACCGUCUGCCCAGUAACAGAGACAUCCACUGGGGCCGGGACAACCUAUGAGAUCACGAAACUGACCACAUCGACAAUUACGGUCACAUCUUGCGCUGGAGGCGGCUGCGGUGGGGUAGUCACCGUCCCAGGUCCAACUGCAACGGCCACUACUACAGAGGUCGAGAUUACCUAUACGACUACCUGCCCUGUGACCGAGACGGUGACUGGCCCUGGAACGACUUAUACCACGACUUACACCACCACGUCUGUCUGCAAAACCGUCGUUCCUACGACGUACUAUGAAACGAUUCCUGGCCCUGCAGCGACAACGACCGUAUAUGACGUCGACUACACGACAAUCACAUCGCUCUGCCCUGUCACCGAGAUUAUUACCGUGAGCGGCUCCGAAGUUGAGGUGACCUACACUGCGACGUCCACCAUCAUCGAGAAAGUGCCUACCACAAUUCCGGUCUAUACCACAAGCUAUACAACUGAAUUUGAGACAACCGAAGUUCAAACAGUGACCCUGACUAAAGAAAUAGACCUGACUAUCACGGCCACAAACGUCGCCAGCAUUCCUACCACGGUAUCCGAGAUCACCACAGCUGAGGUUACUCAGACGAACGUGUUCACGGUGACGCCAUCGCCAACUCCGACAGUAUCCAGUACCAUCGUGAGCAGCGCCGCGCCCACUACUUCGGCACCAGCUGUUACGACUGCAGGAGCCAACAUGAACAACGCCCCCAUCGGCGCCUUCUUCGCCGGUCUCCUCGGUCUUGCCGCUCUCCUGUAA